AUGAAAAGACUUGACGUGUUUUCAAUGCAAAUUGUCACAAAAUACUUAGUAAAUUCCACUGACUUUAUUAAUGUUGUUUGUGUGUCCAAAAAGUAUCAAUACGUGCUUGAUAGAAUCAGAAUCAACCCAAUACAGAUAACACCAAAUAACAUGAAAUUAUUCCCAAAUAUCCAAACACUGAAUUUGUUUUCUCCAUUCGAUAUUCAACUCACAAACACAACAAUCGAACGACUCCAAUUUUCUUAUCCUAUUUCUUACGACAAAUAUUUGGAAGAGAAGAAACGUUUUAAUAUUUGUCAUUUUGUGAAAUACACAAAAACAGACAGAGAAAAGUAUGGCAACACGAUCCCUCAAAAUGUGUAUUGUAUCGACAACAACUGUUUUGAAGAUUGCGAACAACAAGUGAUAAAGAUCCCAUAUAGUGUCCGAGUUAUUUUAGAUAAUUCUUUUAAAUACGCACACAUCCGAGAAAUAUACAUACCUAACUCGGUAACAUUUCUUGGUGAUAACGCGUUUGAUGGAUGCACUAAUUUAACACAUGUGGCACUUCCAUUUUCACUCAAAUACAUCCCUCCGCUUACUUUCAACAGAUGCGUGUCUUUAAAUAAAGUUGACAUACCGUCAUCUAUCACUGGGUUUGGUUGUGAAUGUUUUGGUCGGGGUUGUGGAAUAGAGUCCAUCGUCGUCACACCAAAUAUUUGUGUUUCAUUUGAUGCAUUUGAAUACUCCAAUUUGAAUCACAUCGAAUUUGUUGGGCAAUCAAUCAUAGCAGAUAAUGUGUGCAACCACUGUUUGUUAUUGAAAAGUGUAAAAAUGGACACCACCGUGAAGAUUAUUGGAAGUUACUCCUUUUAUCAAUGUGAAAAACUUGAAGAAAUUGAUGUCCCGUCAUCACUUCAAAUCAUCGAAAAUUCCGCUUUUAGAAAUUGCACUUCUUUACGUAGAUUUGUAAUUCCACAAGGGCUAUUGUAUAUUGAUUCAUUAGUAUUUUGUAAUUGCUCCAGUUUGGAAGAACUGAAUUUUAAAGAAAGCACCAAGUUUUGUGGUAUUGAUACGUUAACCAAUUGCACUAAAUUAAGUGCACUGACACUUCCAAAUUUCAACGGUAAAUUGACAUUUGCGAUCAAUAAAGACGAAGAGCAAAUAGUUAAUAAAUUUGGGUAUACUGCACUUGAUGUUGUUAUUGAUGUUGAUGACGAAUGUCCUCCAAAUUACACCAACGAAGAAGAUAAAAUUGCAGACGAGAAAUUACAUGAAGUGAAAACCAAUUCAAAUUGCAAUGAAGUUGUGUUGUACAACCUCGAACAAUGUAAAGUGUUUGAUUUUCAUGAGGCAGAAAAAAUUGAUGGGGAAUUUUUCCAAUAUAAUGAUUAUCUCCAAACGGUGUAUUACCCAUCAACACUUGUGGACUUUAAUUUGAGAAGCAUUUAUAAUGAGGCACAAAACCCCGUUGAAAUCUCAGAGAAUUGUUGCAUUAAUAUGUACAAAUAUUUUUCUUAUGAUACAACUCAUAACUUUGUGUUUCCGACAUCCAUCACCAAAAUUGGAAAACACAGCAUUUGGUAUGGAGUUGAAAAUACAUUUAUAGUACCAAGUACUGUUGUUGAAAUAGGCAAGAACACGUUCAGUGAAUAUAAUUAUCUUGAAGAACUUGUCAUACCAAGCAGUGUCACCAAAAUAGGGAAAGGGUUUGUAAGUGGAUGUAGCUUGUUGACAAGUCUUGUGUGUGAAAAUGGCACCUCGUUUGAUUUAAAAAAUAUCACAGAAAGUGACGAUAUCAUUGUACAAAAGUUGACAGAAAAUACUACAUUGACCAAAUUAGUUAUUCCAAAUGGAGUCACUUAUGUGUAUAAUUAUAUUUCUAAACUCGUUGAUUUAAAAGAACUUUCACUACCUUCGACACUGAAAAAAGCAGACAAAUACCUGUUUUUUUAUAACAAAAAGUUGACCAAAAUAGAAACAAAUGGAGUGGAUAGAGACAUUUUCGUUGUGAGUUACGAGUGCCAUUUACGACUGAAAGCUCUUGGUUUCAAUUUUAACAAUAUUAAAUUAACAGAAGGUGACAUGAAAGAGUUUGGGUAUAUCUGGGAUCCACAAUUGUGUUGGCAAGACAAAAGGUUUGUUGAGCUUCAAAUGGAGAAAAUGCAAGUUACACACACCAUUGACACAUCAAACGAACACCACCUCAGAUACUUAAAAUACUCUGCUGAUGUGAAAAUUGCGACUUGUUACAACAAGUGCGUGAAAAUGAGUGACAAUGUCAAGUUAUAUCCACGCAUGUUUGUCGACUGGGUAAACCUCACAAGUGUCAUUCUACCAAACAAUGUGGUUAAAAUCCCGUAUAGUUGUUUUGUUAAUUGUUUCAGUAUGAAAACAAUUGAAUUGCCCACAAGUGUUACAAAAAUAUCUGAGCGUUGUUUCGAAGGGUGUGUUUUGUUGACAUCCAUUUCUUGUAACACAAAUGUCAUUCUUGGAAACAAGUGUUUUUGUUCAUGUGAUAGUCUAGUUAGUAUUCCACAGACAAAAUACUUCAGAAAUUCUGUCUUUGAACGGUGUACCUCAUUAUCUGAAAUUGCACUCUUUGAUGGACUUGAGACAAUCCCACAUUGUGCCUUCUUUAGGUGUUAUAAAUUGAGUAAAAUACGUAUACCAACUUCAGUCACGUGUAUUGGUAAAUUUGCAUUCAAAAAUUGUAUAUCUUUGACAUCAUUUAAUUCUGCAAAUGUGUUACUUGUCGAAGAUGGUUGUUUUAUGAACUGUGAGAAACUGAAAACUGUCUAUUUCAAUCAAAAGAAUGUUCAAAUUAAUUUUGACGUUUUUUCUGAAUGUACUUCGCUUCAAGAAAUACAAAUAGGCAAUGCGUCUAUCACACAUUGCGACUUUGAAGUGAGUUUUACAACAAGGAAAUACUUCUUCGAUAAAAUUGGUGUUGUGUGUAAUAAUGUCGUUUUAACACGACGAGACGUCGACGCAUUUGGUCUGUCAACGCUCAACGAAACGUGUAUACACCGUGUGGACGAAGGGUGUUUCUUCAACAACAGAAGUCUAACAAAAAUCAUAUUCCCUUCUCAUAUUAAGUCUGUUGGAUAUUACAGUUGCUUUAGUUGUGUCAACUUAAAAGAAGUUGUUUUACCUGAAGGUAUCACAGAAAUCCCAGCACAUAUGUUUGACUUGUGCACAUCACUCAGUUCCAUAAUUAUACCAACAAGUGUUACAAAGUUUGGAACAAAUUGCUUUUUCUCUUGCGACUUACUCCGUGAUAACCCAUCAAUCCCCAAAGAGGCUUUUGAUUAUGGAAAAGCCCACAAAUUAGGCUCUAACAAUUUAGAUUAA